AUGGGUGAUACGAAUGGACAAGUAGUAGCUGGUGGCAAUGACCCAGGAAAUCGAUUGGAUCAAUUGGAUUGGCCAAGCGAUGUGUUGGUCGACAAAGAGACGGGUAGUCUCAUUAUUUGUGAUUUGUUGAAUCGACGAGUCGUACGAUGGUCUCGUCGUAGUGGUACAACUCAAGGAGAAAUCCUCCUCGACAACAUCGUUUGUUGGGGAUUGGCCAUGGAUGAUCAGAGAUAUCUAUACAUCUCUGACUACUUUAAAUCUGAAGUAAGACGAUAUCAAAUAGGAGACAAGAAUGGAACUAUCGUGGCUGGUGGUAAUGGUCAAGGUGAUGGUCUCAAUCAACUCAAUAAGGCGAGAUAUAUCUUUGUCGAUCAACAGCAGACUGUCUACGUGUCAGAGCACGGAAAUCAUCGUGUAAUGAAAUGGAAUAAAGAUGCAAAAGAAGGAAUUGUUGUCGCUGGAAGUCAAGGACAAGGAAAUGCUCUGACACAAUUGUCGUUUCCUAACGGACUGUUCGUCGAUACAUUGGGUACCAUCUAUGUGGCAGACUCGGGGAAUUUUCGAGUGAUGCGCUGGCCUAAAGAAGCGAAACAGGGCGCUGUUAUUGUAGGUGGAAAUGGUUACGGAGCAGGAGCAAAUCAGUUCUACGAACUUCAGGAUUUGUCCUUCGAUCGUCAUGGCAAUCUCUACGUUGUCGAUCAUGGGAAUAAUCGUGUUCAACGAUUUUCAAUCGAAUAG